GACAUUGGUGGUUACGCCAGAAAAAGUGGACAUAGCACCUGAGCACACCAGAUCCUGCCAGCGUCUGCCAAUCCAGUUACAGUGAUGGAAGAGAAAAAAGGUCCCAGUUUGGAAGGUGAUUUUGAAGCACCUGAGGCUACACAUACAGGACCUAAAGGGGUGAUCCAUGACUGGAGAAAGUUUAAAUUAGAAAGUGAAGGCACAAACACCCUGUCUUUGAGCAAGAAAGAGAUCCUUAUCAGGCAAAUGUCCUCACCCCAUCGCUCUGUCAACAGAAAUGAUACCACCAGAGACAGACUGAUUCGGAAGAUGAGCAUGCAGGAGUACGAGCUAAUUAAUGGUGAAAAAGAAGAUGAAACUUGCCUACGGAAAUAUCGGAAGCGCUGUAUGCAGGACAUGCACCAGAAGCUGAGCUUUGGGCCUAAGUAUGGCUACCUUUCCGAGCUGCAGAGUGGGGAGCAAUUCUUGGAGACCAUUGAGAAAGAGAAGAAAACCACUACCAUUAUUGUCCACAUUUAUGAAGAUGGUAUCAAGGGCUGUGAGUUACUCAACAGCAGUUUGGCCUGUCUUGCUGCCGAAUAUUGCAUGGUGAGAUUCUGCAAGAUCAAGGCCUCUAACACAGGGGCUGGAGACCGUUUCUCUUCCGAUGUUCUCCCAACGCUUCUUGUCUACAGAGGUGGGGAGCUUGUAAGCAAUUUCAUAAGUGUAACAGAACAGUUCAAUGAGGAGUUUUUUGCUGUGGAUGUGGAAAUGUUCUUGAAAGAGUAUGGGUUGCUAUCUCAGAAGGAAAUUCCAGCACUUGGGACUGGCAACAUCGAGGAGAAAGAGAUUGAAUAG